GUUUUAUUGGUGUUGAACCAAAAAAAAAAAAAAAUUCACAACGCGUCAACAAGCGGUCUGCUCUGUCAAGAUUUUCGUUCACCUCCGUGUCAAUUGGAUGGUACCCCAAUCUACAGCGCACAUAGCCAUAGUAAGCGAAAGAGUACUGGCUAUCACCCUUGUUAAUUAUUAUCAAGCAACAAAUGAACGGCAACGUGAAGAGGAUGUAAUUAGUAGUAAUAGUUUUGUGGAAAGAAAGAGUUGCAUACAUCGAAUUUCGUUACAACACCCUAUGACAUGCCGUUGCAGGCUGUGAUCCUGCUGAAAAGAACAUGCUUUUUACAUAUAAGGUUGAGCCGAAUAGCGUUACUGCUUAGUGGCAGCAACCUUUCAGGGCUUCUGCAUGCUUUUGACAUCUCUCAUGUCGUCAUUGUUACAUACCCCAUGCCAUGUAUUCGGAACCCACCAAGCUAUUUCGUAAUUACUAGUGCUUAUAUGCUAGCUAUUGUAUGUGUCCUGAUGCCAGCCGAAUUUGAGCAUGAGUGCCGAAACACUAUCUGUAGGCUGGACCUUUACCGGACGAACCGGAGGUCAUACCCAAAACGACCUGGAAUAAGCGCAUUUAACAUAACUUUUACAUGACUCUACUCUAAGCCACACAGGUUGACAAAGCUGGAUACAUUGACGUUGGGUACCAGGCAAGCACUUGGCGGCUUUAUAAAGUGUGCACCUUGGAUAGAGGCUGGAGGGUGUGGGGUAAGGUAGCCAAAACGUCAGA